GUCCUUCAAAUGACAUGCAUCCUCCAAGAGGUCCACUCACAGCUUGUACUAAAUUAAAGAAAUAUUGCAAAAAUCUCUAUUCACUUCCAAUCUGUCAACUCAGUAUAAAAAUGGCUGCUACUCUAUUCUUUUUCCUCAGGGCUUCCACUCUCCUCCUAUUCUUAAGUAUCACCAUUGGCAAUAAGUGUGUGGUGACUGCAGCUCCUACUCAACAACAAAACAAGCAACUCACAGAAGGAGUUUGUAGUAUGAAAUUCAUUUUGAAAAAUAGAUAUUUACGUAGUCUGAAAGACGACAGCAAUCUACUCACGAUAUUUCUUGAGAUGCACAAGAUGGCAAAAGGGAUGCUAGAAGAAGACAAGAAGUUAGAGGAGCUUGAGAUGAAUGGUCAAAACAGCUCUGACAUAUUGGCCAGCAGACUAAUGAUAGAACAUGUCAUGAAGGACUAUUGCUAUUGGGUCAACAGUGCCUUGAAUGAGGACAUCAACUGCUCAAACCAUGCGAGCGUUCUCUCUUUUGUUAUACAAAUAUCCCUACUGGAGAAACUAGAAAACACUUGCAACAUAAUAAAAAAUUACACACUUGGACGACAGGACGGACACGUUAGCAUUAAACAGUGCGCUUGGAUAUUCUGUAACUUGAGUCCAAAAUGUAACCCGCUCCAAACCAAUCAGGAAUUAUUUGACUCACUCAAAAACUUUGCUCCACAGCCAUGUCCAUUCUAUUGGGAUUUUCAUACCUGCUCAACUUGUCCGACAUACAGUCUCCUACCUUCAAUAACACCUUCUUACUCUUCUCCUCCGGCUACCUCUUCUCAUUAAAAAGGAAUCCUCAAUCACGUAUACUGGCAUAUAAGGACACAUCAUUGAAAUGCUCUUAUUUAUUAAUAAUUCUGUUUUACUUCCUCCACACAAAGUCAUGAAAUAAAAAUAUACCACAUAUAUAUAUAUAUAUGAUAGAAUCUCUUACAAUUAUGAUAUAUAUUGUGAUUAUUAAUAGUUUUAUCUCCUUUUCUCUUCACUAUCUAUUACACACUGA